AUGUGUUCGAAAAUAUUGGAGAAAAAAGAAGCAGAAUUUCUUACUGGUUGGAGUCGAGAUAUUUUAAAUAUGUCGACAAUGUCUGAUAUGCUAUUGAAUAGUUUAAAACAUCGUUCGCAAGUAAUAACCCGAAUACGUGAAGCAUUAUAUUUAGCAAUUAUCGGUAUACCGUUACCGUCUCAAUUAAACAACAAGAUCGCAAUUAUUCUUGAAUUUUAUCAUAAAUAUCGACAUAUGUUGCACAAAGACGUUGUAAAAAAAGAAGGUACUCAUAAAUAUAAUAGUGCAUAUAGCAAUUUGGAAGAAUUUGAUGUUGUCAUUGGAUUAAAAUUAAAUUUUUUGACCAAAAAUUUGUUUAUCAUCAUUUGA